CUACCGAAGACUCAAGUGAUCGUCUCUUCCUCGUCAAUGGCUCCCUCCGCAGACACGACUCUAGGCCUUCUGGGCACGGGCAAGAUCGGCUCGGCCGUCUUCUCCGGCUUCUGCAGCGAGAACGGCUGGCAGCCCAAGCAUGCGCUCGUUUCCGCACGCACCAAGGCCAAGGCGGAGGCGUUGGUGGCCAAGUUCCCAAGCCGUGUGAGCAUCGGUGCUUCCAACCAGGAGAUCGUGGAUAAGAGCGACGUCAUUUUCAUCGGACUGUUGCCCAACGUGGCGCGUGAGGAGCUGCCUAAGCUCUCUUUCGCCGGUAAGAAGGUGGUCUCCAUGAUGGCUACGAUCCCCUACGACGAGCUGCUGCAACUCGUCAAGCUGCCCACCGAGAGCGUCGUGCGCUCCGUGCCGCUACCUGCUGCCGCCAAGCGUGCUGGUCCCAUUCUGGCCUACCCGGACAAUGCGUUUGCGCGUGACCUGUUCGCACAGAUCGGCACGCCCGUCAUGGUGACCGAGGAGGCAGAGAUCACCAAGCUCACGGGCAUCACUGCUCUCAUUUCAUUCUUCUACGCUACGUGCGACACUACGCAGAAGUGGUGCGUCAACAACGGUGUCGGCGACCAGGCUUCGCGCGACUACAUUGCGUCCUUCUUCCACGCGCUGGCCACAGCUGGUGCCGAGUCCAACGAAGGUUUUGGAGAGAUGGCCGACGAGGCCGCCACAUCUGGUGGUCUGAACGAGCAGGUGCACCGUGCGCUACAGGGCAACGGUGGCUACGAGCUCGUGGCGGACCAGCUGGACGCCAUCUUCAAGCGUCUAUCGGGAACCGAUCCUGCUCCUCGCCCUGCCCGCAGCUAAGCAAAUGUUGCAGUUGAUUUGUUCGUUACAUGACAGAUACACCGAAUUCUAACGUCAAAAGAAAUUCGUGAUGCUGCUUUA